AUGGGUAGCUCUCAGGAGCUCAGUGAAUUCAAGCGUGGUACCAUGAUAGGUUGCCACCUGUGCAAUAAGUCCAUCCAGGAAAUUUCCUUGCUACCAAAUAUUCCACGGUCAACUGUUCGUGGCAUUAUAACAAAGUGGAAGUAACUGGGGACAACAGCAACUCAGCGAUGAAGUGGUAGGCCACGUAAAAUGACAGAGCGGGGUCAGCGCAUGCUGAUGCGCAUAUUCCAAUGAAGGGAACUCCUAAGGUGUCAGCAUACCAGGACAAUUUUGGACAAUUUCAUAUUAACAACUUUGUGGGAACAGUUUGGCAAUGGCACGUUC